AUGGCGCCAUUCGAGGCCCUUUAUAGAAGGAAAUGUCGUUCUCCAAUCCAUUGGAGCGAUAUGGGCCAGAGAGUGGCUCUUGGCCCCGAUGUAGUGCGGGAGGCGGAGGAGAAAGUCCGCCUCGCCCGCCAACGAUUUGCUACGGCGCAAUCUCGAUGGCCUCCCAGUUCCCCCACGCCACGACCACCAAAAACACCAUCCCAUCCAUCGGCGCGGCGUCUACUCCUCCACGGCAGCCGCAUUAAUUUCCUCUUCCUCCCCUCCGGUGGCCACGCUUCCCCUACUCCCAAGCCGCGUCUGCUCAGGUGCGGCCUUCCCCGCCCCACCACUCUCCCGCGUGUCUCAAGUGCGCCCUUUCCUCCUCCUGCUCAGGUGCGCCACCUUCGACCCCCUUCCCCCACCCUCUCCGUCCCUGGAUCUCUUUAUGAGUGGAGGGGAAUACUUAUUAGAAAUUACAGUUUUCUUGUUGACUUGGUGACUCUGUUAAUGGCACUAGGUCAUUAUUUGAUGAUCUGGUGGCUUCGAGGAAUGGCGUUUCAUCUAGCCGAUGCAGUUAUUGUUCUGAACUUGCGUGAUCUCGUAACUGCAAUUUUCAAGAGGAUUAAAGCAUACAUUAAGUUACGGAAGGCCCUAAGUUCACUAAAAAGGGCGCUUCCUGAUGCUUUGUAUGAAGAACUUUGUGCAUACAAUGAUGAAUGCGCCAUCUGCAGAGGGCCGAUGGCUAGGGCUAAAAAGCUGUCAUGCAGUCACCUUUUUCAUCUUGCUUGCUUGCGGUCAUGGUUGGAUCAGGGAUUAACAGAAGUUUACUCUUGUUCCACAUGUCGGAGACCUCUCUUUCUAUCUGCUCCCCAGAGGCACACUGGUUCCAUUGCGGAAGAUGCUGCUGAUGGUCAGCAACUUGCUAAGCAGUUCAAUUUGGGGUUGAACCAGCAAGGAAUUCCCGGACAUGCACUGCCUGUUGGUGCAUUUCCUGAUCAGCAACAGAAUCCUUCUGAUGCAGUUUGGAGUAGAGGUGUUGGCCUUGAUUCUGGCUGGGUGCCAUCUUGGUCAAAUUCUGGAACGGAGGGUGCCGGCUCAUCCAGUGCGAUCUUGACAUAAUCGUUUGCACGUUUAGAUGGGCUGAGAUGUCUAUGCCGAGAUUCUGCAAUUUCUCGGUAGAUGUAAGCUAUCAAGUACCACGCUAAGGUGUAUAUUCCAUCUCUAAGUAUGGAAAUAGUUAUACAAAGUGAUUUCUUUUAGUCAUACAAAGUGAAACAAUGCUGCAGUCUUUAAGGAAGUCUGUCCUAUUAUUGUUGUAACAAAUAUUGACUUCCAUAAUGGUAU